AGUUGGUCGGUUGUGUGUGACUUGAUUUCACCAUGUCUGGUCGCGGUAAGGGUGGUAAAGGCUUGGGGAAGGGAGGUGCCAAGCGCCAUCGUAAAGUGCUUCGGGAUAACAUCCAAGGCAUUACCAAGCCAGCUAUUCGUCGCUUGGCUCGACGCGGGGGGGUGAAGCGUAUUUCGGGCUUGAUCUAUGAAGAGACCCGCGGAGUGCUGAAGGUGUUCUUGGAGAACGUGAUCCGCGAUGCUGUCACUUACACUGAACAUGCCAAGCGAAAGACGGUAACGGCUAUGGAUGUGGUUUAUGCCCUGAAGCGCCAGGGUCGCACUCUCUAUGGUUUUGGCGGCUAAACGGGUCACUAAAGUCAGCAGGAUAACACAAAGGCUCUUUUAAGAGCCACCCACACUUUCACAAUAAGAGUUGUGAUUCUUGUGUUCUCAUGCUGUGAUGUGAAAACUUAGCAUAGAAAACUAUUGAACUUACACGAAAUACUUACUUAUUUACACUAAAUAUGUUUAGAUGUAAGGAACAAUUAGCGCUUUGGUUAAAGUAGCAAUUUUCAG